AUGAACCAAGAUUCAGACUUAUCUUUACGAGUAAAGCGACCUAGACCUUCAAAUGAUUUCUAUGAAAGCAUGAUGUGCCUUAUCUGCUCUGAUUUUUUUAAGCCUCCAAUAGUCCAAUGCAAUAAAGGCCAUAGCUACUGUCAGUCGUGUGUACAAAAAACAGGAUCACUGUUAGAACAAAAGAAAUCAUGCGCAGUCUGCAGAUCGCCGAUUUUAUUAGAAUUAAGAAAUUAUCAAUUAGAGCAGCUCCUUGAUAAAUUCACAGUCCAAUGCACUCACAGCUUAAAAGGCUGCAGCAAAGUUGUUACGUUAUCACAAAGGCCGGAACACGAAAAAAUGUGCGAGUUCAGGCCACAGAUAUCUUGCUAUUAUAAAGAAUUCAAGAAUUGUCAGUGGAAAGGAGACUCGGGGGACUUGGCGGAACAUUUGACUCAAGCUCAUGAUGUGCAAGAAUUGGUGAGAGGAAUGCUGUUUAGGUAUCUAUGGAACCCUCCGAAUGAGCAUAUAUGAAGAUAUAGAUAUAGAGUUUUAAAACAAGUGAUAGGGGGCGAUUCUGAGCCCUUUACAUUUAUUUUGGAGCAUUAUUAUUCUUCAGAUGAUAAGCUGUUAUGCUUUUUGAUAAGAUCUCCAGAUACAGAUGUUAAGAAAAGAUAUAGGAUAUCGAUCUUAAACCGCAAUGAUGAGGCCAAUAAAAUAUAAUGUUUAGUAGUAUUUCUUAUUAUUUUUAGUAAUAAGAUAGCUAUUUGACAUGUAAAAAUCAUAUAUUUUAUGUACAUAAAUAAUUAAGAUUCUUAGGGGCUUUAAGAAAUUUGUGGAAAAUAUUAUAGCUUUUGAAGGUGUAACUCUUAAUUUUGAAGAAUUCGGACAUAUAAAAGAUUUCUCCAAAGGAGACUUGACAAAAAUGCUGCUUGUUACUUAUCAACAAAUCAUGAGUUUUUCUUUUGUUUGUGAAGAAGAUCAGGCAGUAUAUUUUUCCAUACAAAUACAAUUUUUCUUCUAACUCCACCCUCUAUGAUCGAACCAAACAAUUGGAAAAAUCCCUAUUUUUUGAGUAGUUUAUUUUAAUAUAAAGUUUUUGAUGUAUAAGUGAUAAUUAAAUAUAAUGAAUCUCUAGCUAAUUUGUUUGAUAUUUGCUAGCUUGCAUUUUAGAAUAUAAAUGUUAAAAAAUUAAAUUCAAUAUUUUGCUUUAAAUAAUUUCGUAUUGAGAUUUUAAAAUUGAAAAAAGGACUUACUAUAAAAUUUAUAUAUAAGUAAUUUUAAAAAAACAAUUAAAAAUUUUUAUUCGCUCUCUUAGGGAGAGAGUAAACAAAUUUAAGAUUUAAGAUUUAAGAUUACGAUAACACUUUGUCGACCCCCACUUAGCUUAGGAUCUGACAAUACAAGCUCAUCCUCCCUGAAUUCCAUCACUGGCUAACAGCUCUGAACAACGGUAGGUGGAAUCGGCCUAACCGUCGAACCGUUACAGUAGCCUAUGACCUAGACGAGUCUCUCUUCUUUCCUUGAACUUGAUUCAAGCACACCAGGAACUGCCGAAGCAGUUCCAGCGCCAAUAUCCUUCAGAAAGACUGAACUUCCCUCACUAGGAUGACCUUUAGGGGACAAUGACCCUAAUUCAUGCGCUCCAUUUUUAAUUGUGUAA